CCCAAGGCAAGGUUUUCGUGUUUGUUUCAUGUCAUAUUCAGCUGAUUUUGGGGUUUAUGUAGCUCUAGGGUGUUGAUGGUGUAGAGCAGCAUCACGAAACAUAAACUUUCAUUUCUUCUACCUUCUUGAAUUUCUCUUAAAGGUGCAUGUUGAAGUGAUUCAAAGCGAUCUACAUGUGACUUGCAGCUUGGUCAGACAUCAGACAUUACACUUAAUACGAUAUUGGAAAGGAUGCUCGAGAAUCCAAAGUUCAAUCUGCACGCUGUUGGCAAUCACAACAACGACAACAAUUACUAUGCCUUCACCCAAGACUUUUAUCAAAAGCUCGGGGAGGAAGGUACAAACAUGUCCGUUGACAGUAUGCAGACAAGUAAUGCUGGAGGGUCUGUGUCAAUGUCUGUGGAUAACAGUAGCGUUGGUUCUAGUGAUGCUCUUAUUGGCCAUCCCGGUUUGAAGCCUAUGCGCCAUCCCUACUCUCUCUCUGUUGGCCAAAGCGUAUUUCGCCCAGGGAAAGUUACUCAUGCACUUAACGAUGACGCCUUAGCACAAGCGUUGAUGGAUAGUAAGUAUCCAACCGAGGGACUGGCAAACUAUGAAGAGUGGACAAUAGAUCUGAGGAAACUUCAUAUGGGUCCUGCUUUUGCUCAAGGGGCUUUUGGAAAGUUAUACAGAGGGACUUACAACGGAGAAGAUGUAGCGAUUAAGCUACUCGAGAGGUCAGACAGCAACCCUGAAAAGGCACAAGCCCUCGAACAGCAGUUUCAGCAGGAAGUUUCUAUGCUUGCUUUUUUGAAGCAUCCCAACAUCGUUAGAUUUAUUGGUGCGUGCAUUAAACCGAUGGUGUGGUGCAUUGUGACUGAAUAUGCAAAAGGAGGUUCUGUCAGACAGUUUUUGACUAAGAGACAAAACCGAGCUGUGCCUUUGAAGUUAGCUGUUAUGCAGGCGUUGGAUGUUGCCAGGGGUAUGGCUUACGUCCAUGAGCGCAACUUUAUACACCGGGAUCUAAAGUCAGAUAACCUCCUCAUAUCAGCUGAUCGGUCAAUCAAGAUUGCUGAUUUUGGCGUUGCAAGAAUCGAAGUUCAAACCGAAGGGAUGACACCAGAGACUGGAACUUACAGAUGGAUGGCCCCAGAGAUGAUCCAGCACAGACCCUACACUCAAAAAGUGGACGUGUAUAGUUUUGGAAUCGUGCUGUGGGAGUUGAUUACAGGUCUGUUACCGUUCCAGAACAUGACGGCGGUUCAGGCUGCAUUUGCAGUGGUGAACCGAGGAGUCCGUCCAACGGUCCCAGCAGAUUGUCUUCCUGUGCUUGGCGAGAUCAUGACACGUUGCUGGGAUGCAGACCCUGAAGUCCGUCCUUGUUUUGCAGAGAUUGUCAAUCUUCUCGAGGCGGCGGAAACUGAGAUAAUGACGAAUGUGAGAAAAGCCCGUUUCAGAUGUUGCAUGACGCAACCAAUGACAAUCGACUAAUCUGUUGUGAAGAAAGAGAGAGGGGAAGAAGAGGAAUAAACAAAGAAGAGAACA